AUGGCGGAGCAGCAUGACAAGGGGUACCCCGACGAAUCGGAGUUUGCGUCGGUCCCGGUGCAGCGCCAAGCCAAGCUGGGCAAGGACCUGUGGCCCCUCUAUAAACGAUUGGUGGCCGACAUGAUGCGGCGGCCAGGCCAGAGCACCAGCGCGUACCAACACAUCCUGAAGGCGCUCGAAAAGCCGGCGCACGGCGCUCACUCGGCCUACGUGCAGCUGUGGCCCUGCAUCAUCGGCACGCUCCUGCGCCAGGGCGAAGCGCGAGAGCAGGGCGAGGAGGACUCGGACAGCUGGGGCGUGCAGGUGCUCCUGGCACAGCUCCUGCCCGGCUACGACAUCGACUCCAAUCUCUGUUCCCCGUGGAUGCACCGCAUCUACGGCCUCAUCGCAAGCAACAAGACACCCGACGCUCUAAAGGUGACACUUCUGGAGUACCUGGGCACCAGCCAGAGCGGGUCGGAUCGCCUGGCGAUCAUCCCGUUCCUCACGCAGCGCAUGCAGCACGAGACCAACGACAAGGCUCGCUCGCGAGUUCACUGCGACGAGAGCAUAUUGGAGCAGGCCUACCAAGCGGCCACCCGAGUGUGGUGCGACACCGAAGGCAGUGCCGAGGGGAACAGGCUGGGCGUGCUGAGCAAGUUCGCCCUCGCGCUGCUGUGCGUGAGGAGACUCGAGGUACCACCUGCGAGUGCGAUCGAGCACGCCACCGCGCUCAUGAUCGACGACUCCGAGGUGGCCGCGGCCUGGCGGGGCUGUGUACUGGGCACGGGCAACCGGCUGCUCGAGGCCACCACGUCGGACGCCUCCCGGAACAGCAGAAGGUCGAGCUUCCUCGAUGACGAAUCAGAAGGCGAAGUCCAUUCCCCAUCGCCGGUUGAAGUUAGCAGUUCCUUCGUCCACAUCCUCCAUCACACCUUGCGACUCAUGGCCAGCAGACCCAUCAAGCGAGUGCCAGUGCUGCGCGUUGUGGUUGAGGCCGUGGCCCGUGGGGGGUGGACCGAGGGUGCCUUCCGAUGCCUCACCGAUGUCUUGGUGAUUGCACUGAUGCCGGAACCGAUGCCCAUGGGCACCUACGUUGAUGAACUCGAAACAGAAAACCAAGAAGCGGUCCCGGUGCUGCGGCAGCUGGCCCACGACCCCCGGUUCGAGCGGGCCUGGGCCUGCUGGCAGAGCUCGGAGCAGUGGGCGGUGAGGGGCCUGCCCAAUACACAGGCUGGCAUGAUGCAGUUUGUCUCGACCAAGAUCCCGCCCCAUUUGGCGGGCCGCAAGUGGCUCCCGUUACUGUCAGGUGUUGAGCAGGAGACGGAGUAUUCUCCCGUGAGUUAUUAUAGCAGCGAGACGGUGGAGUCCCUGGUUCGCGGCCUUGCCUCCCGUUGGGCCGAAAAUCAAAACAGCUACCUCGACGCUGCGCUCGACUUCUGGUUCGACGACCAGGCCUGGGAGUUCCGGGAUGAGUCCGAUCAGUCGUGGCAUCGGGUCGUUCCUUGGGUCGUCCACCUGCUCACCUGCGAGUGCGUGUCCAACAAGCCACGCCUUCUGCACCUCCUGAUGGCGAUCGCUGGCGCUGGCCGAGCAGCGACGAACUACAGCAUCGGCGGUUGGGACCUGGACUCCCUGGAGUCCGAAUGUGCAUUCUAUGGCACCGUGGGCCGACAUAUGGACACCAUCGCCGAGCUGGUGUACACGAGCAAGGACCAAGAUGUCCAGCUCAGGGCGCUGUCCGUCAUGGAGAUGUACCCGGGCUUGUGGCGCACAACGCUGCCGCACUUAGUGACCUUAUUCAGGGCUGUGGCCCACCAGGCCCCCGCCGUGCGCGUCGCCGCCUUGGCGGCCAUGUCCUACGUGGCACCCAUUCCCUGGCGGCGCAGCGAUGCGGACAACUCCGAUCAUGAGGAGGCCGAUGCGUUCCUCCAGACGAUCCGCCUGCUGGGCCUCUUCUUGCCUCUCUCCGGAGUGAAGCCGCUGAAGAGUUUGGUGGCAUUUGCGCUCGCCGAGCGUGGUGCUUCCACGCGGAGCAAAGAGCAGCUGGCAGGGCUGCCGGAAGAGCUACUGUCCUUUUUGAUGUCGCUGGGCAUCUCCACACAUCCCAAUGAUACCGCCGCAUUCCCCAGAUUUCAGGGCGGCUGA